UGGACACACGCCAAUACGGUGUUGAUUGCGGUGUUUUUAACUGCUAACGGUACUUGGAAGGAAGAAAAGUGAACCUUAAGCGAAUAUCGAAGUUUUUGUGAAUCGUAAACGCCUGCGCAAACGAAGAACAGAAAGAAAUGCGCAUAAAUACCCAAGAAUUUUGUUUUUUGAAAACGAGCUUUCUACUUGGUUCAGUGUACGAAUUUAAUCAGUAAAGAAAGAAAAGUCGAAACYAAAAAAUAACAAGUAAAAGAAAGUUUAUUGAACACAACAGCCUCAAAAUUUACUGGAAUUGCGAAAAUAAGAAAAAAAUCUAUAAAGUAACAUCCAUGUGGUGCAAUAAUUACUAUAUUUACUUUGAUAAUUUUGUGGGUUAAAUGAUUCGUACUAAUUGGUUGAGAUYGCAAUAGCUAAACAAUUAACUGUGGUAUUUGACAAAUUGAGCGCGCGGGCAUAGUGUUGAUGACAAAUUGUUGCGAACUCUAAAGACCAAUACUAAAAAAUUURGCAGGAACUUGCUGUGCCGGCGAAGCACUGAAUUUAAUUAGAAAUACUCCAAGUGAUUGUUAAUUGUUUAAAUAAAUAAUCUAUAUUUAUUGUCGUUGCCAUAUUUUAAAUAAAGGAUUAAAGUUUUUGCGUGCCAUUUCUGUACUGCCAACAACAAAGCGAGGCGGUAUAUUACAGCUGUCAUUUUGAGGGUUACUAAGAUGAUUUUGAGACUAUUACUAUUCACCGCGGCCAUAUUAGCGCCAUGUCUCAGCAUUAUUGCGCAAUUUAACCACUUUGGUGAGCACCUCAACACACAUACCGGCAGCGAAUGCGCAUUGAUACUCUCGGGACCCGGACGUUCAUCAGUCUAUGAUUACAAUGUGAAUCUUUUCCGUGGCACAAUAAAUCCCUACACAGCAGAUAGCACCUGCAUUACCUAUGAUGCAGUGAACGCCGCCUAUUUGGAUGCUCGAAAGCGAAUCCAUGUGGCGCAGCCGAAAGGUGAUUGGAAAACGGAAGAAUUGGCUACAGUCGGUGAGCUGCUGCUGGACAUUUCGAUACAGUUAGCGAGAACUUAUGGCCUGUCUUAUGAAGAAAUUGAGAAAGGUCUGCCCACUAUUGACACAUCGAAAACCCUCAUUCGUGAUGUGUGCCCACCUUUCUUUGCGGGAGUUGAGUGUCGACCGGGAAAAUAUCGUCGUUUUGAUGGGCUGUGCAAUAACAUUGAGCGUCCCACUUGGGGCGCCACCAUGGCGCCGUUCCAGCGUCUGAUUGGUCCACUAUAUGCGGAUGGUAUAAAUGCCCCACGCAUUUCAGUGACCGGACAUGAUUUACCAAUUUCCCGUAUUGUUUCGCGUACAAUGCAUCCAGAUGAUGGUUAUCACGACCACGCUGGCACCGUCAUGGUGAUCGCUUGGGGACAAUUCAUGGAUCACGAUUUCACACUUACGGGUACACCGCUGGAUCCUAUCAAUCGAAACGAUCCGGAAGAGUGCUGCAAACGUCCACUACAUCUUAAGCAUCCAUAUUGCAAUGAGAUUCGGGUUCCAGACGAUGACUAUUUCUAUCGGCUUUUUAAUGUGAAAUGCAUUGAUUUUGUACGCGCUUUCCCAUCACCACGGCCCGGCUGUCGGUUAGGGUCGCGCCAACAAUUCAAUACACUCACUGGUGUGAUUGACGCCAACACUGUAUACGGUGUUACGGAAAAGUUCGCUCGAAAACUUCGUACCGGCUAUGGUGGUUUGAUGCGUAUGAAUCCCGUCUUCCAAGAAUAUGGGCUGAAGGAUUUGUUGCCAUUGAAGCUCGACAUACCCGAUGAGGGAUGCACGCGCCCGAACAAAAGUAUGUUUUGCUUUGAAGGAGGUGAGAUUCGGGUGAACGARCAACUAGUGCUAACCUGCAUGCACACAUUGAUGGCGCGCGAACAUAAUCGCAUAGCGACCGCAUUAGGCCAAAUCAAUAAACAUUGGGAUGAUGAAACGAUUUUCCAAGAAGCACGCCGCAUCAAUAUUGCUAUUGUGCAACAUGUGACCUAUAACGAGUUCUUACCGAUAUUAUUGGGCAAAGAGGUGAUGGAGAAGUUCGGUUUGGUGCUACAGAAGGAUGGCUACUGGGAUGGCUAUGACUCCAAAGUCAAUCCUGGUAUUAUUGAUGCUUUUGCUGGUGCUGCAUUCCGUUUUGGACACUCUUUACUACCCACCGCCGUAGAGCGUUGGUCUAAAGCACAUAAAUUUAUAGCAUCGAAACGUUUAUCGGAUUUAAUUCGUCGCCCGUAUGACUUGUAUCGUGCUGGUGUGCUAGAUGAAUAUUUUAUGGGUUUGAUGAAUCAAGUGGCGCAAGCGAUGGAUGACUCAAUUACACAGGAGGUAACGAAUCAUCUCUUCAAAAAGGAGGGUGCACGAUACGGAUUAGAUUUAGUGGCGUUUAACAUGCAGCGUGGACGUGAAUUCGGUUUGCCUGGUUAUAUGGAAUUCAGAAAGUUCUGCGGCCUACCCACCUCGUCGUCGUGGGAGGAAAUGUUUGGUUCAAUGCCAAACGACACAAUUGUUCGUUACGAAAGUAUUUUUGAACAUCCGGCAGACAUUGACCUUUGGUCGGGCGGUGUUUCAGAGAAGCCUUUACCGGGUUCUAUGCUGGGACCCACCUUUGCAUGCGUUAUCGCAACUCAGAUGAGUUACUCUCGCCGGGGCGACCGUUUCUGGUAUGAGCUUCCGAACCAACCAUCAUCUUUCACUCCCGAACAAUUACAGGAAUUGCGAAAGGCCAAACUAUCACGCCUUAUAUGUGACAACACCGAUCUUAUCGACACCGUACAGAUUUACCCUAUGGUGCUGCCAGAUCAUGAAAUUAAUCCAAGGGUGCCUUGCAAGAGCGGCAUUAUUCCAUCAAUUGAUCUGACAAAAUGGGCCGACUACUCUAGUGCCGAAGUAGGACAUCAGCCUGUAUACAACUUUAUUAAUGAAAUACCUGACACAUUGCUGAAUUUCAAGAAAAAAUAGACUGGAUAGCUGGAUAACGAACGAGAUGAGGCAAACGUUGAUUUAAUUUUUCAAAUUUAACGUUAAGAAAAACAAGUAUAGAGAUUUGGAACGAAUAGCGCUAUUACAUUUACUUUCUUCAAUUUCUACAUUCAAAAGCAAAUACUCACUAUUUAUGUACAAUACAUACUUAUUAUACAUUUAUAGGUACCAACCUUUCUAAGUCACUUUGUUGCCUUCCACUAGAAAAUAAGUGUCAAAAUGUUUAUCAUAUUCAUACAUGUAUUGCUUAUAUAGCAGCUUUAUGGUUUUCUCACGUCAAUCACCUACAAAUUUAGAACUAUUUUGACCACGUGCAUUUUCAAAAAUUUUCAACAGGCAUUUCGUCAUCUCGAUUCAUACAUUCAUAUAUGUAUGUACAUAAUUAUUAAUUUUAUGGUUAUUGUUAUCUCAAAUUUCCUUCGUACAUGAAUGUUUGUGUAAUUGUUUUUAUUUUUGUAAUAACCAUGUACAUAUUUAAUAUAAAUAGUGAAAUUAAGC